GUCAAUCACAAAUACAGAUGUGUUGUGUUUUGUGUUUCGUGACUUCAUUUGAUAUUGUCGUCGGUCUUGUUUGUGCUGUAUGUCUCUUGUGAUGUCGUCAUGUGUUUACUGUCUUUGUGUUUUUGUUUGAGUGCCAGGAUGAGAAGGACCAGCAGUGGAAACAAGCCAUGGACUACCUGAGUGCCGUGACUGAACUCAACUACAUGACGCAGAUCGUCAUCAUGCUGUAUGAAGACAACAACAAGGACCCUUCCUCAGAGGAGCGUUUCCACGUUGAGAUUCACUUCAGUCCAGGAGUCAAAGGGUGUGAGGAUGAGGAGAACGUUCCUCUUGGCUUCGGUUUCCGCCCAGCCUCCUCUGAGAACCAAGACAAGAAGCCCAAUCAGGGCAGUCUGGAGGAUCUGUCCCAGGAUCAGCUGGACCAGGCUCUUCCUCUCUCUGAUCCAAUCAACAUCCAGAGAAAGUCUCCUAUGAUCCGCAACCGCAAGACAGGCUCCAUGGAGGUCCUCUCUGAAACGUCUCCCAGCCAAUCGUCCAAAGGCAGCACGUCUCACCGACUCUUCCCUUCGUCCUGUUCGCGCCAGUCUCCUGAGAUCAAAGCAGCCAGUGGCUUAGGUGGGAAACCCUGUUCUGGUGUGUGUGUGUGCUUUGUGUACGUGUGUGUGUGUGGGGAGAAAGACACACUGACCUUACAGCACAUUGUAUCUCCAGCUGUCAUCACUGAUCCUCUCCUCAUCACUUCUCCCACCUUUCCAAAUCUCUGUGUCUUCCAGUCUGUUGAUCUUUCGGUCUGUUGUCCUUUUCCCUCCAUAACACUCCUCCCUGUCACUAUCACUUAUUUUUGUUUCCCGUCGGCCACAUAGCUUUCACCCCAGGCUUAGCAUAGCUGCAGACGAACAGGAUCAGACUCCCAACUAUGUAGGCGAGAGGUCAGCGGAGGGAGCUGCGUUCACAGCCAACCGCUGGCCUCUGCUGUCGCGUAGCGUUCAAAGACCGAUAUCAAGGCAGGAUAUUAGGUGACAACAUAGGGAACAUACUCAAGGUGUUUCUAUCUCCUGUUUCGAAAGGUUCGUCAAGUAAAUCGUAAAA